UGAAGGCCAGUUUGCUACCUAUCCUUGCUCGAGCACGAUGGGGCUUCAGGAAGAGCAGACCGCCUCGCGUGACUUUAUGGUGGCGCUGCUGAAGAACCUGCAGGCUCGAGCGUCCACGCCGAAGGAAUUGGAGAUCGUCGUGGAGCAGGUCUUACCGGUCCUUGUGCCAGCGAUCGUGCAUUUGCUGAAGGCUGUGGAAGCGAGCGAGGAGCAGGACGAAGAAGGUGGAGACACAGGACCUCCCAUCCGACCCUUGGAUCACCUCGCUCGCUUCAUGCUUCGGCGCAACCCACGCCACAACGAACCGACUACCGAGAUGGUCGAGCUGCAAGUGCUAGCUCGAAGACUUCUGCGCAAGUAGAAGUAAUGCAGCCUUGCACUUCGCUCUUGAUAGAAGAAUACAACUUCGGGUAAUGAAAGAAAAACAAUGUUUAAACAC